AUGUCGCGUGUUUCGUGGUGCUUCGCGGAGCUGCGUGGCCUGCAAACCUUGGCUGAGGCCUGGGAUGAAGAAGGCUCGGGCGAGGCCCGGGCACGCGCCUCGAUCAUCGACGAUGUGUGGGCGCCCGGUGUGGUGACCGAUGCUUCCAUUCAUGCCAUGGACUUUCAUGUCAGAGACCUCGGGGUGCCAAAGUGCUUUAUGGUGAUUCGUGGUCAUGAGGCCCGGAACCAAGCGCGGCGGAAGACUUUCAAGCCGGGCAGCAGGACCUGGGGCUUUGGCAUGGCAGUUCCAGAGGGCCGCCACGUGAGACGCGAGCCCCAGGCGCUGAGUGACUUCGACGAAGCCUUCUGCUUGCUGGACAAUGGUGUGGGAGUGGCUGUUAGUGCUGCGAUGGCCCGUCGCGCGGCGCUGUACAGCCGCAGCGACCUGCCGGUGCUGGAAGCUGCGCCCAGGGCUGCAGAGACUGUAGCGCCGCGGUUCCUGCUGGAAGUGGCCGAGCAGCUGAAGCCGCGGAAGGCUGCUGGGGUGCGGGCGGAAACUUCCGUCAAGCCGUGCAAGUCAGGUCUCACGAAGAAGCUGUCGCGGGGAGGCGAGGAGGACGUGCUGUCUGAAUGGGCCAAGUCUUGGCUUCAGCCUUCUGGCGAAGUCUUCAAGGACUUUGGCCGCUUCCAGGAGCGAAUCACGCACCGCUUCCGCUGCUGGCACGCUGGGCAGGCUGGAAACGGCUUCGUGCCGUUGCCGGUGCUGCCGCCGGCUCCGGCAGAGAGGGAGAGGAGCAAGUCGCGGCGGCUGGUGCCAAGGAGGUGGCGAAAGCUCAACCCGCUGCUUGAAGGCAGCACUGCUGGUGGCGCCGAGGGCGCAGAGGAGUACAAUGACGAGGACUCCGAGCUGCCACGCUCGCCUGUGAAGUCCAUGCGCGACAUCACCUCGGCCAGCGUCAUGAGCAUUGGCCCUCCAAGCCGAAGCUUCCAGCCACAUGGGGUGUUUCGAGAGGCUUCCUUGGCUGAGACCUCUUUGGCUGAAACUCUUCCGCUGCUCCGCUGUCCAGCGGAGUUCCAGGAGCCGCACCGCAUGCCCAAUUGCGAGUCCCUGACCACCAGCCCCGAGUUCCUGUACUUCCGGCUUUGCGAGCUCUCUGGGCAGCUGCCCUGCAGUGAGGCCAUUCUGGCCUUUGGGGCCGUGCUCGCCGCCUUGGGGCGGCUUGUCGACGCAGUCAAGCAGGAUCGGAUGUGCGGGCCAGUGGUGCUUCAGCAAGAUGUGCAAGAUGUGCCGACGAACGCCCGCAUGGAACCUGCAAAUUUCAAGCAUCACGACGAGGAUGAGCUGAUCAGGCAAGUCCCUGGGCUGCUUGAGCGCAUGAACGAUGCAGCUGAAGCGACAAACAGGUUGGAGUUCGAGCUCAGCCAAGCGCAAGCGAGACACAAGGUGGCUCUCAGUGAGUGGACCCGCCUUUACGAUGAGCUGCGCGCGCGGCAUGGGAGCCUCAGCGGCGCCAUCGAUCAUGCCAAGCCCUAUUUCGAGGCCCUGCGCGAGUGCCAGGCCGCCACGCGGCGGGCGCAGCAAGUGCGGCAGUUGCAGCGGAGGCGGCGGCAGCAGCUGAAGGCGGUAGAGGACGCGGGCCAAUCUGGGCUGCUGCGCGAGGAGCUGAGGAGCUGCGACCAAGAGUUCGAGCUUGCCAGCCAGGAGCUUAGCCGCACCCGUGCGGCGCUAGCAGCACAGCGCAAGAAAGUGGGUGCCGCGACCAUUGAAAACGCCCGACCGUGCUUUGGCUCUCCUUCGCGGCAGGCACUGGCGCAGGCGCAGGAGGCGGUGGCGCAGGUGGCGGAGCGCAUCGCGGCCGCCAAGGCCGACUACAAGGAGAGCCUCAUGGAGCUGAAUCGCAUCAGCGACGCGGUUCAUGCAGCCCGCAGCCAAUGGAACUUUGCAUAA